AUGAAAUUAGAAAGCAGCUGGUGUCCCGCUCCGCUGUGCCGAGGACGAGCGCUGCCGAGGCCCCCGCCGGGCCCUGCCUGUGCAGUUGGCCGCCCGCUGCGGUGGGCAUCGUCCUCCCAGCCGGGCCCGACGGAGAGUGACCCCAGCGAGGGACAGGUCUUCCUCAGCGAGAGCUGCGUGAAGAGGCUGCUGGAGAUCACAGAAGGGUCAGAGUUUCUCAGGCUGCAGGUGGAAGGAGGUGGCUGCUCUGGUUUCCAGUACAAGUUUUCCUUGGACACAGUUAUCAAUCCUGAUGACAGGGUGUUUGAACAAGGUGGUGCCCGUGUGGUCGUGGAUGUGGACAGCCUGGCCUUCGUGAAAGGUUCCAUGGUGGACUUCAGCCAGGAGCUGAUUCGCAGCUCCUUCCAGGUGGUGAGCAACCCACAGGCAGAGAAGGGUUGCUCGUGUGGGACUUCCUUCUCUGUCAAAUUCUGACUGGACUUCCCGUGGAUGGACACUGUCUGCAGACACUUCCUGGCAGUCUUCAGAGGGUUUUUGCUUGUUCUUUUCCCAGCUGCUCCCUCUCAUCUCCUUUACCCCGUAACACAGCUCUUACACAUAACUCCAGCUGUGUGUGUGUCUGCACUGAGCCUGUUGCCAAGACUUUGUUGGCCUUCCCUUCAGGAACAUGAAGUAGCCGUGAGCACGCACACCAGAGCAUCUUCAGCGCCUUGUGAACCACUGGUCAGAUGGUGCUGACUCGCCUACCCUGUCCUGAAUGUGGAAACACUUAACUCCUUGUCUCUGCAAGAGAUGGCUGUAUAUAUGUGUGUGUGUGUCUAUUGAAAGUUCUUACUAAAAAGGAGUCUUUGAGAUUGA